AUGGCGCCCUCAAGACCAUCGGUAGACGCAGACGAGGCGCGUUCCCCUUUCGCAGCGCUCGCACCAAGGAUUAAGAACAUCUCGCAAACGACGAUCCGGAAGAAAUGGAAGCCCCUACCGACGUCCUCUCAGGACAAAAUUCGUCAAAUCCUUCUGAACGUCAAAGCGAAGCGAAGAGGAGGCAACGCGCGCAUCCCUCCCCUCAACAAGACCCGCGCGGGUCGAGCGUCCAAAGCAAACAACAAGAAUGCGCUCAAGGAAGAAGAACUGGUAUCCCGUCUUCCGCGCAUGCCUUUCCCACCUGCACCCACGAGCUCCUCGCAAGACGACACGCCGUUUGACCUGUCCAACACACUGCACCGCAUCUCCUCGCUCCAAUCGACGCUGAACAUGAACACGUCGUCGUGUCACCUCCUGCGCCGACAGAUCAAGCGCGAACAACGCCUCCUGAAGCGCGACCGGGCCGAACUCGACGCUCUCGAGACGAGUCUGAGAUCCGCCAACGACCUCCGCCGGAAGAAGGAGCGCGGUCUGCAUCCUGUCGUUCGAAAACUCUCCGAAUUCGAAAUGGACUCCGAUCAACUGGACCAAAUCGACUGGAUUAAUGGCAUCACGGGCAUUUCACCAAACGCCGCGCUGGACGACUCAAUCUCAAGCAACCAGAAUGGUCUGGAUGAGAAUCCUAUUCGAGAUGGAGGGGAAGAUGAGGAAGAGGAUGAAUCGAUGAAGUCGAUGCUCAAGCAGCUCCGCAGUCAUUUGACGAGUAUGCGGAAUAACACGGCGGGCAUGCACCCGGUGCUCAGUGCCAUGGAUGAAACGAAAGCAGUGCUAGAUUCUUUUGCGAUGAAAACAUUUGACCAUGAGACACUUUCAAAGAUAUACGGUGUUUCGGGAUAA